CCUGUAAUAGCGGUUAACUAUCCUCUUGGGCUUCCUGUUUUAUCAACACUGUACCUGGCUGUACAUCUAAAUUAGGAACAAUGAGCCAAGUCCGAAAGUCCUUGAGCAGCAAACCUGGAUCAUGCAAUGUUCGAGGCUACACAGCUUGUUCCAUUGGUGGGGGAUUUGUAGGGCCAAAAUAUAAUUUUAGCUCUUUAUCUUCUGCUGGAGGUAACCCCAUCCACCACAACAGUGGAAAGCUAAAAUCCACUGGAAGCCUAUAUUGUUUAGGGGGUCACAAAAGAACCUCUAUCAGCAGCGGGAGAGUCCUUGGUUCCACGUUGGGUACCAGCAAGGGAUUUGGAACUGACAGCUUUCCUGUAUGUCCACCAGGAGGUAUCCAAAAGGUUACAGUCAACCAAAUUCUUCUCCAGCCAUUAAAUGUAGAUAUUGACCCAAACAUCCAAAAGGUGCGCUCUGCAGAAAGGGAUCAGAUCAAGUGCCUCAACAACAAAUUUGCCAGUUUUAUUGACAAGGUUCGAUUUCUGGAACAACAAAAUCAAAUUCUGGGAACAAAAUGGAACUUUUUGCAAGACAAAAGUCAGAAACUUUGCUCUAGGAGAGAUACUAUUAAACCAUUGUUCGAUGCUUACAUUACCAACCUUCAGCGCCAACUGGAAGGAUUAAGGAGUGAAAAAUGUCGCCUAGAUGGGGAACUGAAGAACAUGCAGGAUGUGGUGGAAGAGUUCAAGUGCAAAUAUGAAGAAGAGAUUAAUAAGAGAACAUGUGCUGAAAAUCAGUUUGUAGGCCUCAAAAAGGAUGUGGAUGUCUUAUACAUGAAAAAAGCAGAGUUGGAGGCCAAAGAGGAAACUUUGGCAAAUGAGAUCAGCUUCUUGAGGAGCCUCUUUGAUGCGGAACUGGCUGAACUACAAGAUUGUCUGUCUGAUAUUAAUGUUGUUCUGUGCAUGGACAACAACCGGGAAUUGGACCUGAAUGGCCUCAUUGCAGAAUGUAAAGCACAGUAUGAAGAAAUUGCAGCCAGAAGCAAAACGGAAGCUGAAGCUGCAUAUGCCAGAAAGUUCCAACAGCUGAAGGAAACAGCAGGACUACAUGGAGACAAUCUAAAAAGCUCUAAGACUGAAAUUCAAGACCUGAAUACCAUGAUAAAGAGACUUCAGUCAGAGAUUGAGUGUGUGAGGAAACAGAUUGCUGGUCUGCAAGCUGCUAUUUGUGAUGCUGAAUCCAGAGGAGAGGCUACUUUGAAAGAUGCCAGAUGUAAGAUGUCAGAGUUGGAGGCCGUAUUACAGAAAGCCAAGGAGGACUUGGCCAUUCAACUGAAGGAAUAUCAGGAGCUCCUCAGGGUCAAAUUGGCACUGGAUGUUGAGAUUGCUACCUACAGAACUCUUCUGGAGGGAGAGGAGAGCAGAAUGCAUGGAGAGAUUACUAAUGAUGUCAAAAUAUCUGUGUACACUACUGGAAAGCUUGGAAGCUCAAACGCUGAAUGUAUAUCUACAUGCAACUUGAAAAGCAGUGGAAGUAUCCUUGCAGGAGUAGACGGUCCCAAGUGUGCCACCAAGUGCAUCUCCAAGUGUGUCCCUAAGUGUGCCCCCAAGUGUGCACAGUCACCAAAACCCUGUGGGACCACCUGUACUAAACCAAGCUAUAUGUAAGGUCUACUUUAAAAGACCCCAGUUAGACCAAUGAGUAUCCAUCUUCAGCAACUGUUGUCUCUCUGUAUGCUUUUCUCAUUUUAACUUAAAUACAUGGGUCAUUUGUACAUAACCAAUGCUCCAUUCUGUCUGAACUAAGGAAUAUUCUAAAAUGAUCACAAAGAUGUAAAAAAUGAUAUUUGUUACUCUUUGGGACACACCAACAAUAACAAAUGUCUUUGACUGGACCUUAUAAUAUCUUGGUCUUGUCCUGACCACUCAUGCAUUGUAUUUUUACAUAUAUGACACUAAGCAGCACUAAAGCAUGUACACGUUGUCAGUUUGGGGUCUUGUUCCUUUCUAUGGACACAGAAAUGCUCUUUGACAACUAAAAGCUAUGAUGUAGUGGAUCACACCCUGAAGAAUUCUGAUUCUAUUAUAGUUACUGGCAGAUGGACAAAUCCAUUCGGCUCAUUUAUCAUAUCUUGAUAAUAAACACUAAUUAUUUUGGACUAUGGCAACCCAUGAUCACUUGCUGCUCAGAUUUAAUAUAACUAUUAUGCUGUGAUAUAAAUGGCUUUACAUAAUUGUUUCUCUAUGACUAUAUCUUUAUUAUCUCUGCUGCAAUUGAUGAGGUUGCUAAUUGUUGGAGGAGCAUUUGACGCAACACUGAAGAUGGUUGAAUCUGUAUAUCUAAUAAACUGCAUUUUAAAAUCAU